UCUUUCUUCUCAUAUAAUGUUCACAAUUAUAUCGUCAAACUAUGUAUAAGUACAGAUGCGUCCUGGCAAAAGACCCUCUUCUAAGUCCUUUUUAAACCAAACUAUGGGAGUGGACAAAAAUCCAAUCCCCAGUGGAGAUAGAGAAGGAAGUGGGAGAGUGCGUAAUCAAAUAUGGACCCGCACUGCAAACUGGACUGAGCAUUUGGACUCUAUUCUAUUGAGUAUUAUGAUAGAGGAACAUACACUUGGAAACUACGUAAAUGGUAUUUUCAAGCAAGUAGCGUGGGUUCGAAUCAUUUCAUCGUUCAACUCGAAAUCAAACCAGAACCUGUCGAAGAAUCAAAUAAAGAAUCGCCUCAAAGUUCUCAAGAGAUUGUACCUCACCUAUCACACUUUGGCAAAUAAGAGCAGUUGGGGGUGGGACUGUGUGAAUAAUAUUCCCACAGCCGGUGAUCCCUGUGAUUGGGACGCAGUCAUAGCGGAGAAUCCGGCUUACGCGAAGUGCAGGGACAAACCUUUGCGGCAUAUAAGGAUAUUGAAUUCCUUUCUAGAUCGACUACUGCCACGGGACGAUUUGCAAUGUCCUCGCAGAUGCCGGUAGCUAUAAUUGAUAGCUCUUCCUCUUCUUCUCCUGGUGAGGAGGAUACUAUAAUGGGUGUUAGGGAGAUAUCGUUAAAUUACUUAUCCCCUCGCUUUGAACCAGGUUCCUCAAGCUCACCAAUACCUGAAAAUGUACCCGGUAAUAAUACUUCGCGUUCCUCCAGCCCUCCACUAGUGCCACCAAAUGUAGGAGGUAGUGCUAGUGGUUCAGGAUAUAGCUCCGCAGGUAAAAGACCUCGCUCCCCACAAGCGUCAAUUCCUCCAAAGAAACAAUCAGCUUCUGCCGCGGGACGAAAGAAAAAAAGUGACAUUGCCGGUGAAGCAAUAGUUGAAUUGGUUGAAAUUGGAAAACAAAAGCUUGAUUUUGUAAAGCAUAUGUAUCAACAAGAUACCAGCAAUCAGAGUUCUAUUCCUUCAAUUGAAGUGUGCAUGGAGAGGGUUUAUAAUCUGCCUGGAAUAACAGAUGAGCAGGCAUUAGCUGCAGGGGAAGCUUUGAUGAAUGACAAACACCGACGAUUAUUUAUGACAAUGAAAGAUCGACUUGCAAUUAGGUGGAUAGAGCGCCAAGUCUCGCUCCAAGACGUAUUAUAUAAGCAAAACUUUCCUGGUUUCUAGUAGGCGUAUGUUAUUGUGUUGUGCUGUUUGUAUUUUAGAGUAGUUAGUUGUGUGUUGAGGCAUGUACGUUUUAAAAUAGUAUGUUUGCUUACUCGUAUUAUUGUUAGGUUUUAUGUCUGCUUAUGAACAUUAUUUGCUUUCAUGUGUCUUUUUUUUAUGUUGUAUGUUUAGACUUGAUUAUGCAUCAUGUUUCAUCUUGCUUAAUAUGUCAUAUGGAUUGCGUUCGAUUUAAUGUAUGAUAUUAUCCUUGCAGCAGUGAUGGCUGAUAGAUUGUAUCGUUCAGUUUUUUCUUCGACAACAUUAGCAAAUAUUAUGUCAAUAUUAGAUGAUGAUGAUGACUACUGGGAUCAAGUAUAUGUGAUACUAUUUGGUCAAGACUUUCUGACAUUUUCUAAUUCACUAUUAUACAAACGGCCGUGUCGUACUCGACCCUUUACUGGACACCAAAUGGUAUGUGAUAUUUUGAAUGGUCAUCCAGACAGAGGGUACGACCAAUUUCGCAUGACGACUACAUCUUUCGUUGCACUCCGUGAUGUUCUAUUGGCUCGGGGCCUGAUAAGAGGAACACGAUAUAUGACCGCUGAUGAACAACUAGCAAUAUUUUUAUUUUGCGUAGGUCAUGGUGUAGCAAAUAGAGUACUUGCUGAAACAUUCCAACAUUCUGGGGAAACAAUUAGCAGACAUUUCAACAAUGUCUUGCGGGGUAUUGUAAUGUUGAAAGAUGAUUACCUUUCUUUGCCGCCAAAUAAUGCAAUGGUGCAUCCAAGAAUUCGUGAUAAUCUCAAUUUUCAUCCUUUCAAGAAUGCAAUUGGCGCGAUAGACGGAACACACAUUCCUGUGAUUGUACCAAGGAGCGAUCAACCACGAUUUCGAUGUCGCAAAGGGUUCACAUCCCAAAAUAUGAUGGCGGCAGUCUCAUUUGACCAUACUUUUUUCUUCGUAUGCACAGGUUGGGAAGGAUCAGCUGCAGAUAUGCGUGUACUUCGAUGGGCAUGCGACAGUGGAGGAUUUACAGUUCCAGAUGGUAAAUAUUAUUUGGUUGAUUCGGGGUACGCAAACACCGACAAAUUUCUUGCACCCUACCGAGGUGAGCGAUAUCAUCUAAGUCAGUUUGACAGUACUGCAAGAGCCCGGACGCAUCGCAACCCCAAAGAUCUCUAUAAUCAUCGACAUGCUCAGUUGAGAAAUGUCGUAGAAAAAACUUUCGGUAUAUUAAAGAAGCGGUUUAAAAUUCUAAAUCACGCAACACCGUUUUCGUAUAAAGUACAGUGUAUGAUUGCUAUGGCAUGUUGUAUAGUUCAUAAUUUCAUUCGAAGAUCACAAGGGAAUGAUAUGUAUUUUAAUGAAGAGAUAGACCAAGUGCAUACGAGUGAUGAUGACGAGUACGUGACAAAUACUGUCGGCACAGAUGAAUCAAGACGCGGCGAUAUUAUGCGUAGAACUAUAACCGAGCAGUUAUGGAGUAGCAGAUGUUGAAUGUUUGGUACCGCAACUCAUUGUGACUAUUGUCUAUGGUUUAUGUAUGCUUAAAUACUGUAACUAUUAUCUAGGUUAUGUUUGUAUUGAUGCAUAUGUUAUGUUGUUUGAAUGUUUGGUAUUAAACUCAUUGUAAUUAUCGUCUAUGAUUUAUGUAUGUUGAAACAUCUGUGGUUUAUCUAGAUUUUUAUUGUAUUGACGCAUAUUAUAUGUUGUUUGCUA